AUGGAGCACUCUAUUCUGGAUGCAACGCCUAAUAUGGAGCCCAGUUUUGCAUCUACCCCCUCAAUGACCUACAUCACUCCCUCGACGGACAUGGAAGAGGAUCCGCUAUGCCCUCGGAUUAUGUUCUCGCUUGUUUACAAGAAGCUUGAAUACUCGACGUCACUGUUGAGCAACCAUGCCAUUGAAUUGUCUCAGCAUAGGGCUGUUUUCCUUUCGUCGUUAGAUGAACCCAGCGACAGCCCCAAGGAAUCGCCAGGCGCAGUAGAGAGCCUUCUGAUUCGCUUUUUCCAGUUUCUGUUAGAUCGCCAGGCCCCGACUAUACUAAUUUUGCCAUUGGUUGUUGCCUUUCGUAAAGACUUUUUGAUAUUGAACGAUAUCCAUUCGGUGGUAGCUUCGUUGCCAGAACCAAAAGAAGCCCAGCGGGCUUUGCUUUGCACUUACUACACUACGAUUUUACGAUGUGGUCUGCCGCCAGAUGCACACGCACAGCCGAGUGCCCUCUUGAAAGCGGCGGAAAGAGGGAAUACCAAGCUAAUGGCCAUUUUUGGAGGUCAAGGGGCGUCGAAUCCGCGAUGCUUCAGGGAUCUUCAAGACAUAUAUGACUCAUAUUCUCCGUUCUUGGACGUUCUGAUCAACACAGUCGACAACGCACUAUACGAACUCUGUGUCGCUCCUGAUACUCGAGACUUUUUCAGGGGCCGGGAGAUACGUUUGCUGUCGUGGCUGAGAAACCCGCGCAGUGUCCCGGACAAUCAGUUUCUGGCAACCGCAGCAGUCAGCUUUCCGAUUAUUGGAGUUGUGGCUCUGGCGCACUGGUGUGUUGUCUGCAAAGUUCUCGGGAUGCAUCCUGGGGCUAUCCGUUCUCUUCUGGCCGGAACAAGCGGACAUUCCCUGGGCAUUAUCAUAGCCGCUGCCAUAUCGGCGUCCGACUCUUGGCCAUCAUUCUACGAAAAUGCUGUACUCGUUACGAAAGUAUUGUUUUGGACGGGGUACGAGAGCCACCAGGCGGCUCCACGUCUAACUCUCACCUCCGCUGCAGUUCACGAGGCCGAAACUCGCGGCGAGGGUCAACCAAGUCACAUGCUGCACGUCUCUGGCCUUCCGAGUAAAAGUAGACAGGUCAUUUCUCUCCUCGAAAAAUGCAAUCAGGAUAUCCAGCUCGAGCAAAAGGUUUAUCUGGCUCUCUCCAAUUCAAGAUCUAGCUUCACAAUUGCCGGUCCCGCAUCAUCGCUGGUUCGAUUUAGUCAGCUUGUUCAUGAGAUUGGAGUGGGUAGAGAAGUAGAUCAAUCUCGCAUUCCGUUUGAUAAACGAAAGCCCCAAGUAGAGACACAGUUUCUUCCCAUCAGUUCGCCUUUUCAUACUCCCUAUCUCGAAAUAGCCGCGCAAACAAUCAAGAGUCGGCUUUCUGAUCAAGCUUUGGAAUCGAAACAGCUGGCCAUUCCUCUUUAUGAUACUCGAGAUGGAUCGAACAUGGCAGCAGCAACUAUCGGGAAAAAUCUCUUACCAUCACUCAUAGAUGCCGUCACCAUUCACCAUGUUGACUGGCCGUCGGCUUUGAACUCUUCCAGUUACACACAUGCACUGGUCUUUGGCAAAGGCCUGAGUGACAUGAUUGCCAGCAACACCGACGGGAAAGGUGUGCAGAUUAUAUCUGCUACAGAGCUGACAACUACCAAUUCACGUUUUGGAUCUAAAUGUACCAUUUUCAGCCCUAAUUUGGCAGACUCAUUCCUCUCUCCUCUCAGCUGGGAGGAGCAAUUCCGGCCACAACUUUCACGGUCUGCAAACGGUUCUAUCCAAAUCCAAACCAAGAUGAGUAAAAUAUUGUGCGCUCCACCACUAAUGGUGGCCGGAAUGACGCCGACCACGGUGCCCUGGGAUUUUGUCUCAGCAGUAAUGAAUGCAGGUUACCAUGCCGAACUUGCCGCUGGAGGUUAUUUCAAUGCGGAAACCAUGACUGCGGCCAUCGAAACGCUUUCGAUGAGUAUUCAGCCUGGCAUAGGCAUUACCUGCAACCUAAUAUAUGCGAGUCCGCAGUCCAUGGCAUGGCAGAUCGCCAUGCUUCGUCGCCUUGCACGCACGCAACGGCCCAUUGACGGGCUCGCAAUCGGAGCUGGCGUUCCCAGCCUCGACAUCGCAUCAGAAUACAUCACUUCCCUUGGAUUGAGGCAUAUCUCCUUUAAGCCCGGAUCGGACGACGCAAUCGAAAAAGUUCUCGAAAUUGCAAAAGCUCACCCAGGUUUCCCCGUCAUCAUUCAGUGGACCGGUGGCCGAGGUGGGGGGCACCAUUCCUUCGAGGACUUCCACUCUCCUAUUUUGCGACUUUACGGCAAGAUCCGUCGCUAUCAAAAUGUCGUCCUCAUUGCAGGCAGUGGCUUUGGUGAUGCUACGGGGUCUUAUCCUUACCUGACGGGUUCGUGGUCGGUGGCGUAUGGCUAUCCACCCAUGCCAUUUGAUGGAAUCCUUCUGGGAAGCCGAGUGAUGGUAGCUAAAGAAGCCCAUACAUCGCUGCCAGUCAAGCAGCUGAUCUGCGAUAUUUCUGGAACACAUGAUAGUAACUGGACCAAGUCCUACAGUCAACCUGUUGGAGGCAUUGUGACCGUACAAUCAGAAAUGGGGCAACCUAUCCAUAAGAUUGCGACGAGAGGUGUCCUUUUCUGGAAAGAGAUGGAUGACAAGAUCUUCAGCCUCCCGCGUGCUAAACAACUAGACGCCAUCAAGGUUCUCAAAGACUACAUCAUAGAUAAACUGAACGCGGACUUUGCGAAGCCGUGGUUUUGCCGCAAUUCCAACGGAGACAACGUUGACUUGUCGGAAAUGACGUACUUGGAAAUCCUUUCUCGUUUGAUCAGCCUGAUGUAUCUGCCCAUGAAGGACCGAUGGAUUGACCCAUCAUACAGUGUCCUCGUGCACGACGUCAUAGUACGCAUCCUAGAGCGAUUAGACGCAGCGUGCGAGAUUGACAACUCGUGCAAACCAGACCAACUUGAAAAUAUCUUCCUUCAGAAAUGUCCGCAGGCAAGCACGACAAUCAUCCACCCGGAAGAUGUCUCGUGGUUCUUGAAGCGAUGCAAACGCCGCGGCCAGAAGCCAGUCAAUUUCGUCCCGGUUUUGGACGAGGAUCUCUCUACCUGGAUGAAGAAGGACUCGUUAUGGCAGUCGGAAAAUAUUGAAGCUGUCAUUGAUCAGGAUCCCGGUCGAGUUUGUAUCUUGCAAGGGCCCGUUGCUGUCAAAUAUUCGCAACGGGCCGACGAACCAGUGGCUGAUAUCCUCAAUGGAAUCAAGAACUCCUGGAUUACGAUGCUCACCGAUGAGUUCUAUAGAGGUAAAGAGGUACCACUUGAAGAUAAUGCUUGGGAGUCCGUUGUUGCACCCAGCAGCCGGUCCAAUAUCAGUGUCAUCGAACAUGAUCACGGUGUGACAGUGCAAGCCAUUCCAGGUAGGAUUCUUCCCACUCGAGAAGAAUCCCUUCACUGUCUUGCCAACAAAACACACGGCUGGAUGCGGGUCAUGUUACUUAGCGACUUCAUCCUACGGGGCAGGACUAAACGACCGAACUUUCUGCGAGAACAUUUUCAACUUGACGAGGUGAAAAUCGUGGAAAUCGACACGGCCAAGUCUAGAAUCCUUCUGAAGACAGUUAUUGACGGCGGGAACCAAAGGACGUUAAUUGAAAUGUCUAGUCUAGAUGGCCUCUCCAUCGCCUCGCAAAUUCUACACUACAGUCCUAGCAGCAACACUCCCACUGCACUUCACUUGAAGUUCCAGUACGAUCCACGAAAUGCUUUAUACCCACUCAGCGAAGACACGAAAGACCGUAACAUGCAGAUAAAAUCAUUCUACAGUCGAUUAUGGCUCGGAUCUGAUGUGAAAAGCAAUUCUUUUGGCGGUCUUCAUUCCAUAUUUGGUGGUUAUCGCACGGUGCUGUCCACAGAGACUCUCCAUGGUUGGAUCGCGUCUGUCGGCUUGUCACACUCCAAUGACCGUCUUAUUUCGCCAAACACAGAGCUUUUUCCGCUUAAUGCUACCAUCAUUCCGGCAUGGGAAGCCUUGGUGCGGCCUCUUAUGGCCCCAGAGAUUGACGGAGAUCUGUUGAGAUUGGUGCAUCUAUCUAUUGAGUUCGAACUGUUUCCGGGAUCUACGCCAUUGCGCAUUGGAGAUACUGUGGAGGUUAACUCACAUAUCAAGUCCAUUAUAAUUGAGGAUAAAGGCAAGACUAUCGCGGUGCGUGCGGUAAUUUCACGAGACAACAAUCCUGUGGUGGCCAUCGUCUCCAAAUUCCUGAUUCAAGGCUCCUUCUCCAAUUUCAAGGACACUUUCCAGCGCAAUACGGAAUUGGACAUGAUCCUAAAGGUAUCGUCAUCGAUAGACGACAUGGUCCUCCGCACCAGGCCGUGGUUGCAGCUAGACGACGAGAGGGUGAACCUAGCUGGCGAAACACUUUGCUUCAAAGUCAGCUCGUUUUGCUCCUGGAAAGCGCCGAACGUGUUCGAAACCAUGCGCGUAACCGGUGACGUUUUUGUCGAGGAUCGUCGUGACAGGCUCCGAAAAAUCGGCUCCGUCGAUUUCGAUGCGACCAGCGCUUCCGGAAACCCUGUUAUUGAUUUCUUGACUCGCAAAGGUAAGCCAGCAGUCGAACGGCAUGAACUUGAAAACCCCGGAUGGUCUGGCCCUUCGUCUAAAAUAAUCAAAAUGCCAUGCGACAAUGAAGCGUAUGCAAGGGUCUCCAAGGACUAUAACCCUAUCCAUGUCUCACCAAUCUUCUCGACUAUCGCCAAUCUACCAGGGACAAUCGUCCAUGGCAUGUACACGUCGGCUGUUACCAGCGCGGUGCUGGACCACGUCACCAAUGAUUUCAAUCACCUCCGUACACGACGAUACACGGUGUCAUUCGUCGAUAUGGUGCUUCCAGGGGAAGAGGUUGAGCUAAGAUAUCGUCAUGUCGCAAUGCUUCAGGGAAGAUUGGUUCUCCAGAUCCAAGCCUUCAAAGCCGCCACAGGCGACAAGGUCUUGGAAGGAGAGGCUGAGCUAGAGCAGGUACCAACGGCGUAUAUAUUCACGGGCCAGGGAAGUCAAGCGCCGGGAAUGGGUAUGGAACUUUACAAGUCCAGUCCUGUGGCAAAGAAGAUAUGGGAUGAUAUUGAUCGAUACCUGUUGGAGAAUUAUGGAUGGUCUAUCCUCAAGAUGGUGCAAGAGAAUCCGAAACGUCUCACCAUACACUUCUCUGGAAAACGAGGACGUGUGAUCCGUGAUCGCUACCUCUCCAUGGCCGUGUCUUCCAUUGGACCAGAUGGCCAAGUCGUCAGCACCCCGUUGCUACCGGACCUCACUCCCAACGCGCGAUCAUUCACCUUCGAAGAGGCCAAGGGUCUUCUCUACGCCACCCAGUUCACACAGCCAGCCAUUGCUGUCCUCGAAAAGGCCACCUUUGAAGACAUGCGGGCAAAUGGCUUGAUUCAGGAAGGCGCCUUGUUUGCAGGUCAUUCCCUAGGCGAAUUCGGCGCUCUCGCCUGUCAAGUCGAGUUCCUCCCGUUCCAACAGCAGAUUGAUAUUGCUUUCUAUCGUGGAUUGACCAUGCACAAUGCCGUCAAGCGGGAUAGCAUGGGGGCGACUGAUUUUUCGAUGGUUGCUGUUAACCCUGGUCGAGUGAAUAAGCGUGCCGUUGAUGAGGUGGCCAUACGCCGACUUGUCGACAUGAUUGCUGACGAGAGCAAGAGACUACUGGAAAUUGUCAAUUUCAAUGUUGAAGGUGAACAAUACGUCUGCGCUGGCCACAAUGCCAAUCUCCACGCCCUAGCCCAAAUUCUCAACGAAAUCUCGAGGAUGCCAACCGAGCAGAUAGCGCUCUGGUCACGCGAAAGUGUCCUAAUCGGAGGCAGUCAACAACAAAACGAAUCCCCUAGCCCAUGUACAGCCGCCAUCAACACCCUGAUCAAAACUGCCGUCCACUCCGCGCACGCGCUGCCGAAACCUAUCAUACUUUCGCGCGGCCAAGCCACCAUCCCGCUGCAGGGUAUCGACGUCCCCUUCCACUCCGCCCAUCUCCGCUCUGGAGUCGCUGCCUGGCGCAAGUUCCUGCUGAGUCGCAUUCGGCCCGAGGACAUCCAGCCGGAUGACCUGUUGGGCCGGUUCGUGCCGAAUGUCAUGGGUCGGCCGUUUUCGUUGCAACGAGAGUAUAUCGCGGAGGCAAUGCGGGUGACGGGGAGUGAGACGCUGCAGAUGAUACUGGACGAAGGUGUUGUUCAUUAA